AUGGAGGGCGGCGGGGGAUCCGCGCGCGGCGCCGGCCGCGAGAAGAAGAAGGGCAAGAGCCCCGAGGAGGCCGCGGUGGCCGCGAUGGCGGGAGAGCCCGCGGCAGGAGGAGGAGGAGGAGGAGGAGGAGGAGGAGGAGGAGGGAAGUCGCGGAAAUUCAAUCUGAAGCGGGUGAUGGCAGAUGAGCUGGAGAGAUUGACCAGCAUGAGGAUAAAGAAGGAGAAAGAAAAGCCCAGCGUGGCUCAUAGGAAUUCCUCUUCUGCCUACUCGGAUGUUUCCGGCUCAGGUCAGAUGCUGCAGGAAAUCUCGGACGAGGAUGUGCUGAUGCUCUUUGAACAGAUGCUGCUGGAUAUGAAUCUAAAUGAAGAGAAACAGCAACCUCUAAGGGAGAAGGACAUCGGCAUCAAGAGAGAGAUGGUCUCCCAGUACCUGCAUACUUCCAAAGCUGGAAUGAGUCAAAAGGAGAGUUCCAAGUCUCCCAUCAUGUACAUCCAGGAGCUGAAAUCUGGUCUCCGAGAUGCACAGCUGCUCAAUUGUUUGGAGUCUUUGCGGGUCUCUCUCAACAAUAAUCCUGUCAGUUGGGUGCAAAAUUUUGGAGUUGAGGGCCUGAAUUGCCUGCUGGACAUACUGAAAGGUCUGCAUGAUGUGAAGGAAGAGGCUUCCAGCCACUAUGAUACCCGGAUCAAGCACGAGGUCAUCAGAUGCUUAAAGGCCUUCAUGAACAAUAAGUUUGGAAUUAAGACCAUGCUUGAAACGGAGGAGGGUGUCCUGCUUUUGGCAAGGGCCGUAGACCCCAGAGUCCCUUCCAUGAUGAUCGAUGCUCUCAAGUUGCUUUCAGCCCUCUGCAUCCUGCCUCAGCCUGAGGACAUGCACGAACGUGUUUUGGGGGCCCUCACCGACCGAGCGGAAAUGGAUGAAGUGGAACGAUUCAAGCCCUUACUGGAUGGUCUGAAGAGUGGCACCUCAGUGGUACUGAAGGUGGCCUGUCUACAGCUGAUUAAUGCCCUGAUCAUCCCAGCAGAUGAGCUGGACUUCAGGAUGCACAUCCGCAGCGAGCUGAUGCGUUCCGGACUGCAGCAGAUCCUCAAGGAUCUGCAUACUCAAGACAACGAGGAGCUGAAGGUGCAGCUGUCAGUGUUUGAAGAAUACGGGGAAGAAGAUUCUGCAGAACUCCGAGGACGUUUGGAGGAUAUUCGCAUAGAAAUGGAUGACUUUGGCGAGAUAUUCCAGAUUCUUCUCAAUACAGUCAAGGAUUCGAAGGCAGAGCAACAUUUCCUCUCUCUUCUGCAGCAUCUCCUGCUCAUCCGUAAUGACUACGAUGCCAGGCCUCAGUAUUUUAAGCUGAUUGAGGAGUGCAUUUCCCAGAUAGUCCUGCAAAAGAAUGGGGCUGAUCCAGAUUUUAAGUGCAAGCACAUCGACGUUAAUGUUGAGGGAUUGAUAGAUAACUUGAUCGACCAAACUAAAGUGGCAAAAAGUGAAGCCAAAGCCAUUGAACUGGAGAAAAAGCUGGAGUCUGAGUUGACUGCCCGGCAUGAGCUGCAAGGUGAAAUGAAGAAGAAGGAAGGUGACUUUGAGCAAAAAAUCCAAGAUCUAUGCCAAGAGAAGGAAGCCCUGGAAACAGAGAAACAGCAGAUCGUGUUGGAGAAGCAAAGUCUGGAAAGUUCUUCUUCUGCGCUGAACGAUGAGAUUGCCAUACUUAAAAAAGAACUUGAAGGUGCUAAGAAGAAAAUGGAGGACAUUGCUGCUUCCUCUGCCGGCUUCCCGCCACAGCCUGUACCCGGUGGGCCUGCCAUUCCUCCCCCUCCGCCCCUUCCUGGUUUAGCUGUAGUGCCACCGCCACCACCGCCUUUGCCAGGAAUGGCAGUAGUGCCACCACCGCCACCUCUUCCCGCUGCCGUUGGAAUGCCGCCUCCACCGCCGCCACCUCCGCCUCUUCCUGGUGCCGUUGGAAUGCCACCGCCGCCGCCGCCACCUCCGCCUCUUCCUGGUGCCAUUGGAGUGCCGCCACCACCACCUCCACCGCCGCCACUUCCUGGUGGGCCCGGAAUGCCGCCGCCACCGCCGCCCCUUCCUGGUGGGCCUGGAGCGCCUCCGCCGCCUCCACCUCUCCCUGGUGGGCCUGGAGUGCCGCCGCCGCCUCCUCUUGGUGGUCCUGGAGUGCCCCCUCCUCCCUUGCCUCCUGGCUUUGGGGCCAUGACUCCCGCAGCUCCCGUCCUUCCGUUUGGGUUGGCUCCGAAGAGGACGUAUAAACCAGAAGUUCAGCUGCGAAGAACCAACUGGUCCAAGAUUACGGCUCAGGAGCUCUCCCAGGACUGUUUCUGGGUCAAAGCCAAGGAGGACCGUUUUGAGAAUGACGAACUCUUUGCCAAGCUGACCCUCGCCUUCUCGGUGGCACAGAACAAGUGUAAGUCAAAAAAGCAGCAGGAGAACGGGGAGGAGAAGAUCCAGUCCAAGAAGAAGGUCAAAGAGCUGCGAGUGCUGGAUUCAAAGAACGCCCAGAAUCUUUCAAUUUUCUUGGGCUCCUUCCGCAUGCCCUAUGAGGAGAUCAGGAACGUCAUCCUGGAGGUGAAUGAAGCUGUGUUGACCGAGUCCAUGGUACAGAACCUCAUUAAGUUAGUGCCAGAACCAGACAAGCUGAAGAUGAUAGCAGAACUGAAGGAAGAGUACAGUGAGCUGGCUGAGCCCGAACAGUUUGGAGUGGUGAUUAGUUCCGUUCCCCGCCUGAGGUCCCGCCUCAAUGCCAUCCUCUUCAAGCUCCAGUUUAAUGAACAGGUGGAAAACAUCAAGCCGGAGAUUGUCGCCGUGACGGCCGCCUGCGAGGAAGUCCGGAAGAGCCAGAGUUUCUCCAACCUCCUCUCCAUCAUUCUCUUGGUGGGCAACUACAUGAACGCGGGCUCCAUGAACGCCGGGGCCUUCGGUUUCAACAUCAGCUACCUCUGCAAGCUCCGAGACACAAAGUCGGCCGAUCAGAAGCAGACCUUGCUCCACUUCUUAGCCGAAACCUGUGAGCUGCAGUAUCCUGACGUGUUGAAGUUCCCGGAUGAACUCAUCCACGUGGAGAAGGCGUGCCAAGUUUCUGGUGAGAAUUUGCGGAAAAGUCUGGACCUCAUGAAGAAACAGAUUUCAGACGUGCGGCGUGACGUUGGCGACUUCCCCAGCACCACAGAGGAGAAGGACAAAUUUGUGGAGAAAAUGACCAGCUUUGUGAAGGAGGCCCAAGAGCAGUACGAGAAGCUACGGAUGAUGCACUCAAACAUGGAGAAUCUCUAUAAAGAAUUAGGCCAAUACUUCCUUUUUGAUGCCAAUAAAAUAUUGAUUGAGGAGUUCUUCAGUAACCUGCACAACUUCAGAAACAUGUUUCUGCAAGCCUUAAAGGAGAACCAGAAGCGACGCGAGACGGAGGAGAAGAUGCGGCGGGCUAAGCUGGCCAAAGAAAAGGCAGAAAAGGAACGGCAAGAGAAGCAGCAGAAGAGAGAGCAGCUAAUUGACAUGAACUCAGAAGGUGAUGAAACUGGAGUCAUGGACAGUCUACUAGAGGCCUUGCAGUCCGGAGCAGCCUUCCGUAGAAAAAGAGGACCACGCCAAGCAAACAGAAAAGUUGGCUGCGCUGUCACCUCACUGCUAGCCUCGGAGCUGACCAAGGACGAUGCUCUCGGGGCCAGGGCCAGCAAAGCACUGAAAAGGGACGGAGACGGGGAAGCCCCGGACGGAGAGACGCCCGACGAGACCGCCAAGCAGGCCAGCAGCCGUCAGAACUAG